AUGGCCGCUCGUCACUCACGCAACUUCCUGCGACCGCUGCUCUAUACUUCAGCGGCUGCCGCCGCUGGAGCGGGCAUUCUCUACAUCUCCUACCGUCCACGAAAUAUCCCCGGUCUCGAAGCCCCUGCCGUUCCUCCACCAGGUUACCAUGAGGGUAAACUGGUGCCCCCGAACUUCCCUAAGAUCAAAUCCCGUCUGGAACAGAUUCAGGACUUAAAGCGCAGUCAGGAUGAGGAGGAAUAUGAUUUGUUGGUCAUUGGUGCUGGUGCGACCGGUUCAGGUAUUGCUUUGGAUGCUGCCACACGAGGACUGAAGGUUGCCGUGGUUGAGCGUGAUGAUUUCAGUGCUGGAACUAGUAGCAAGUCUACCAAGUUGGUGCACGGUGGUGUCCGAUACUUGGAGAAGGCCUUUUGGGAAUUGGACUACAACCAAUACAAGCUGGUGAAGGAGGCUCUCCGUGAGCGCAAAUAUUUCUUGAACACAGCUCCUCAUUUGUCACAAUGGCUACCCAUUAUGGUGCCACUCCAGAAAUGGUGGCAAGCUCCUUAUUUCUGGGCAGGUUGCAAGGCCUAUGAUCUCUUGGCUGGUUCCGAGGGUAUUGAGACCUCAUACUUCCUUACCAAGAGUAAGGCAAUUGAUGCUUUUCCCAUGCUCAAGCGGGACAAUGUCCUCGGAGCAAUGGUUUACUAUGAUGGUGCACACAACGACUCUCGAAUGAAUGUUUCAUUGGGCAUGACCGCUGCCUUGUAUGGCAGCACUGUGGUCAACCACAUGGAAGUUACCGGUCUUACCAAGGAUGCCUCUGGAAAGUUAAAUGGUGCUGUCUUGAAGGAUGUGAUUCCCGGUAAGGAUGGUGAGGAGACCCAGGAAUUCAAGAUUCGGGCCAAGGGUAUCAUCAACGCCACUGGACCAUUCACCGACUCCAUCCGCCAGAUGGAUGAGCCCCAGACCAAGGAGAUUGUCGCUCCUAGCUCUGGUGUUCACAUCAUUCUCCCCGGAUACUACAGCCCUUCAAACAUGGGUCUGAUUGACCCAGCCACAUCAGACGGUCGUGUCAUCUUCUUCUUGCCCUGGCAGGGAAACACCAUUGCUGGUACUACUGAUGCCCCCGCUGAGAUUUCCCGCAACCCCGAACCAUCUGAGAAGGAUAUCAGCUGGAUUCUGAACGAGAUCCGCGGCUACCUCGCUCCAGACAUCAAGGUCGACCGAAGUGAUGUCCUGGCUGCUUGGUCCGGUAUCCGUCCUUUGGUGCGUGACCCUGCUAAGACCAGCUCGCAAGCUCUGGUCCGCAACCACCUGAUCUCCGUUUCUGCCUCUGGUCUCUUGACCUGUGCCGGUGGUAAAUGGACUACCUACCGCCAGAUGGCCGAGGAGGCCGUUGACGAGGCUAUCGAUGUGUUCAGACUCAAGCCCGGCCAGGUGAACGCAGUGCCUGAUAUCAGUGGUGUCGGCGGUAGCGGACUGGUUGCUGAUGGUGCCGUUCUGGACGGUAGCUGUCAGACCCACCAGGUUCGCCUGAUCGGUGCUCACGGUUUCUCCAAGACCCUGUUCAUCAACCUUAUUCAGCACUUUGGCCUUGAGACCGAUGUCGCCAAGCAUCUGACCGAGUCAUACGGAGACCGUGCCUGGCAGGUUGCUGCUCUUUCCUCCCCCACUAACGCCCGAUUCCCUGUGCGCGGCCAGCGUAUCUCAACCCUGUACCCCUUCAUCGAUGGUGAGGUCCGCUACGCCGUCCGCCACGAAUAUGCUCAAACCGCCGUCGAUGUCAUCGCUCGUCGUACCCGUCUGGCUUUCUUGAACGCCGAGGCCGCUCUGGAAGCGCUUCCCAACGUCAUUGAUCUGAUGGGCGAGGAGUUGAACUGGAGCGCUCACCGCAAGGAUGUGGAGUGGAACGACUCUGUCUCAUACCUCCGGUCUAUGGGUCUUUCCAAGGCCUUCCAGGGUAUGUCCCGUCGAGAGGUCAUGAAUGGUCGUGUGAGGGAUGUGGAUGAGGUGGAGCACAUGUCUGUGGUUCGAACUGAACCACCGGCGGACAUCCUGAAGAGCGACGCUGUCACUACCCCUGCGGCUGUCAGUGUCAACGCUGCUGCAUCUGCCAACUAG